UAUGUUUGCAAACCUGGCAUCACGCUGUGUCCGUGUUGAGAGUGGUGAGAGACCCUCAAUGGAUGAAUGUGUAAAAGAGCUACAACUGAUAACCUAUACAAAUUUAAAAGGCCUGGGCAAGAUCAUGCCUGCUUUUAGGAUUGUUUAAGAAAUGUUUAAUCAGCAGCAAAACUGUAUCAUACUAUCAUAUCAACAUUAAGGAUCUUAUAACCCAUCACUGUCACUAUGUCACAUUUUGACAAGGGACUGGGAAAAAGAGAUAGUGAUUGAGUGAUCUGUACAAAAGUAGAAUCAGAUACUGGUGAUGUUGUGAAGAAUUGUGAGAAUCAAGAAAAGUGAAAGCAUAAGAAAGAAAUAUUCCCUGCAAGUCUGGAUCUAUCCUAGCAUCUCUUUUGUUUCUAAAUGUUUUGCUUAGCACAAUUGUCUCAAUACGUGCUGUGUUGCAUAAAUAAAGAUACUGUUAUGUA